AUGACUAUGUUCCAGGCAUCUCCAAGCGCCAGCCCCUUUUUCCAUCUCUACACUAGUAUCUUCCCGUCUUCUCCUUACUACUCUGUACUCUGUCCUCUCAGUUUCAUGAUGGAGCAAGAAUGUCCGCUUUCACAACUCCCUGCCGAUCGAGAUACGGCUUCGCAGUCUGGGGGAAAAAGGAAAAAAGCCACUGGGAAAAGCGCCUGCUCGAUGAGUGCGUCAAUCGACCCCAACCGGUCGUAUAAGCUGUCUCCCGAAGAGUCACUGUCCAUCAAUACCCUCCCAGUUGUCCUUGCCCGGCAGGAUACGGUCACGAAGCGCAAGCGGGAGUGGGAGGAUCGCGAAGCCGAGCUGGAACAUGUCAACCAGAUGUGCAAGACUGCUCUUAGGCAUCUUGACGACAAGGUGCUCGGCGAAUCCCACCCCGAGGUGCUGGAGAAACUAGAAGCCUUCCGCAAUCGGGUAGCGGACGCCAAAUCAGAGCACAAGGAGGCUAUCCGUGAGUUCCGUAAUGAGAAGCAGCGACAGCGGAAAACCCCCGAUGAGCGACAAUCCUCCACUACAGGAUGCCGUCAAAUCUCCACUCCGUCUAUUAAUUUCACUGGGGGCAAACAAGUCGCGUCCUGGACGCAGAUAGCACGCGGCAGAGGCGACCCAAUACACUACUGCUUAGGCAGUCGACCACUACGGCCAAACGCACAUACAAGGACCGACCUCAAUCACUGCUUAUUCGCAAAAAAGUUAAGCAGCGCUGCAAAAUGUAGUAUUAAAUUUCAAGUUCCCCAAAUUUAG